CCUACGCAUAGCAAGCAGCUUGAUCGUUUUCGUUUUGAAAUAUAGCCGAAAUCACGCCAGUUAGCUGUGAGCAUCGACUAAUAAUGGCAUCAUCUGGAUUGGCUCUGCUAUUGAUCAGUGUGAAUGUGCUCGGUGCUUUUGCGUUUCCGGCGCAAAUGUUUUCACCUGGUAUUCCAAUCACUCCUACAGUGAUACAAAAUCCGGGUCAAAUUAGUGGAAUAGUGACUGACAAAGAAGGUGUUAACGUCGCUACACGCUUUUCAACAUCCUCACCACCCGCUUUUCCUGUGCAAAAUAAUUUCGGUACUCCUGUUAUGGUCGUUGCACAACCCAAUGCUGGAACUGUCCCUCAAGCUAACGUUAGCCCACAACCGUCUUUGGUUUAUAUAAAUUCGAACAGACCGUACUACACAGCUCCGCAAUAUACUGGACAGAAUCCGAGUGCAUACAUCUAUCCGAACGGGGAGAUUGUUCGCCCUAGACCAGGUGUCGCACCAUAUGGUGGACCUAUCAGUCAACUUAUAAAUAAUGCCAUUGGGGAUAGUACAAAUUGGAAUCGCCUUGGAUCGCCUCAGACCGUCGGUACAUUGGCUACUUUGGGUACGCUCGGAACGAUUGGUGCAUUGGGGACGUUGGGCGCAGGAGCAUUGUUACUCGGAUGAAAGUGGUAACAAUACUGGUUGAUGCUGGAUUCAAAACCUUAGCGAUGAACGGAAUGGGGUUUUGUCAAAGAAUGUAGUCGACAGGUUCAUUGUUUGUCAGUCAUUGAAAUUUUCACUUGAUUUCUUUCGUAAAUACCAAAAUGAGCUGCUCUUACACGAUUAUUUUAUUGCAAUAAAUUAGCCUUUGAUGCUUUUUGA